GGAAGAGGUGAGGUGGCAGAGGGAGGAAGAGAGCAUACAAUGUUUUUUAGUGCUGAAGAACUACACAUUGAGUCUCAUUUUGUUGGUUAGCCUCACUGUCCUACAGGAUUUUACCUGGACUCUUUCCAUUAGUUUCUUCUUUUCAUUCACCUGUUCAAUCAUUGCUACUAUGCUGUCUGUUUGGCUCGUGUUGGUUUCUUGCAUGGAUUUUUUCCUGUACUCUUCUGCAGAGGAGGGUCUGGAGUAUCCCAGCUUCGAUGGCAAGGGCAGAGUUCUUAAUGUCAAUGAGAGGAAUUAUAAGAAGGCAUUAAAGAAGUAUGACAUGAUGUGUUUGCUGUAUCAUGAACCCCUGCCUUCAGAUAAAGAGCUCCAGCAGCAGUUUCACAUGAGGGAGAUGGUUCUGGAGCUUGCUGCUCAAGUUCUUGAAGACAAGGAUAUUGGUUUUGGAUUGGUAGACUCACAUAAAGAUGCUAAGGUUGCCAAAAAGCUUGGUCUGGAGGAGGAAGGAAGCAUCUAUGUGUUUAAGGAUGAAAGAGUGAUUGAGUUUGAUGGAGAGCUCUCUGCAGAUACACUGGUUGAAUUCCUGCUAGAUCUGCUGGAGGACCCAGUGGAGUUGAUCAGUAAUCCCAUGGAACAACGUGCCUUUGAGCGAAUGGAUGAAGACAUACGCCUAAUUGGCUACUUUAAGGGUGAAGAAUCUGAACAUUAUAAGGCAUUUCAGGUGACUGCAGAGAAGUUCCAACCAUAUGUGAAGUUUUUUGCUACCUUUGACAAAGGGGUGGCUAAACAACUGACACUAAAAAUGAAUGAAAUCGAUUUCUAUGAGCCCUUCAUGGAUGAGCCUGUCACCAUUCCUGGCAAACCCAACACAGAGGAGGAGAUAGUAGAUUUUGUCAAUCAGCACAGAAGGCCUACUUUAAGAAAGCUUCGUGCUGAGGACAUGUUUGAGACUUGGGAGGAUGACAUGGACGGAAUUCACAUUGUUGCCUUUGCUGAGGAGGAAGAUCCAGACGGUUAUGAAUUCCUGGAAAUUCUAAAGGAGGUUGCAAGGGACAACACUAAAAACCCAGAUCUUAGCAUAGUUUGGAUUGAUCCUGAUGAAUUUCCUUUGUUAACUACAUACUGGGAGAAAACCUUUAAGGUGGACCUUUUCAGACCCCAGAUUGGUGUGGUGAAUGUCACUGAUGCUGACAGUGUGUGGCUGAACAUGCCUAAUGAUGAAGCGUUACCGUCAGCGGAGGAGCUGGAGGACUGGAUAGAGGAUGUUCUCUCUGGAAAGGUCAACACUGAGGAUGAUGAUGAUGACGACGACAACGACGACGACGACGACAAUGACGACGAUGACGAUGACGAUAGUAGCGAUGAAGACAUUUAUGGUGAUGAUGAUGAUGAUGAUGAUUAAAUGUUAUAAAGAAAAACUGUAACCACAGAGUUUCCACAGAUUGUAGGGAUUUUGUUUGUUUUAAUGACUGAUGGUUUAUUACUUACAGAGUUGGCUUAUUAUGAUUUAUUAUAGAACUCUCUGCAUUGCCAGCAAGAGACAUAUGAUCAUGCAAAGCGUAAAAACAUAUAAUGACACAUUCUAAUUCUGGUGCUGCUUAUUCAUCUGAAACUGUGUGGAACUGUAUGGCUACAAGAAAUAUGGUGUUCUAUUGUGUUAUUUGUGAAUUUUAUGGGACUGUUGAAAUGUAUCAACAUGCUCAAUAAAGAACACAAUUAUUCAGAUAUAUAA